GCCUCCUAAACGUCACGGACACCCGGAAGCGAUCGCAAAUUUAAACAGCCAUCACAACCACAAUAAACGCGCACUUUCACUGUACGGGCUGUCAGAUGAAUCAAUAAUUUUUGGAAAAUUAAGCUGAAUUUUUACAGAGGGUGUCCCUCAGGGGCAAACCUAACUGGCAGUCCAAGCUGACGUCAACAGUAUGGAAGAGGAAAUAAGGACGGACGAGACAGAACAAGCAGAUCAAGCAGAACAAGGAGAUGCUGCCAACAAUGAGGCAGAGACCAGUGUACACAUAUCCAACAUCAAUCCAGUUAAAAGAGGAAGGGGGAGGCCGCAAGGCUCAAAGAAGUUGAAGGUUUGUGUUACGGACGUUAACCUAACGGAGCUUGUUUCAGGCAUUUCCAAUGGGGGUUCCACACAGCCUCCGAGGGGAAGAGGGCGUCCAAAACUCAUAAAACACACGGAGCAGCAAGGAUCAGGAGACAACGAUGCUGAUAAUUCUGUGCAAGCGCCUCGGGGAAGGGGGAGGCCGAAAGGAUCCAAGAAACGGACCAGUGAUGGGAACAGUGCUACAACAGACCAUACUCCGAAGAAAAGAGGCAGGCCAAGAAAGUCUCUCAGUGUAAGCAAUGUUGAAAAGUCUGAUGGUGAAGGCCUACCAAAUGGUGGCUCCGAAACACCAAAAGUGGGACGCGGUCGCCCGAAAGGAUCCACAAAGCGCAAGUUGGAAAUUGUAAAGCGUGAAGAAGAGAAUGAAGGCAGUUCUGUAACACCAAGAAAAAGAGGUCGACCGAAAGGGUCCCUCAAUAAGAAAACAAGGUUGGAGAGACAGGUGACCAUUAAGAGGGAAACUAAUGGGAGUCUAAACUCAGUGAAAAGGGGAAGAGGUCGGCCCAGGAAGGUGAGGGUGGAUUCAGAUUCAUCAAAUGGCAUCUCAACAGUCCCUAAGCGAGGAAGGGGCAGGCCAAGAAAACAAGAACUGGUCACAGUUGCCUCUAAUAAAUACAAGAGAAGAGGUCGACCUAAAGGCUCUUUAAACAAGAAUCGCCUCUCAUGUAAGGUUCUUGUAAGCAUUGGCCGACCUCGGAAAACAGCAAUCCCGUCCACAAUAAGGAGGCCUGGUCGACCGAGAAAACUACCAGCCAAAAGGGGACGUCCAAGGAAAUACCCUCUUCUGUCAAAUGCGGAACGGAACAAGCCAAAAGUAUGGAAGCCGCUGGGAAGGCCGAGGAAAUACCCACGCGUUGAUCCUCCAGAGGGUGCUCCCUCAGGCCCUCGCCGGGGUCGCGGUCGUCCUCGCAAGUCAGAGACCAAGAGGGGUGCUCACUUGCGCAAGAGUGGGGCUUCCUCGCCAUCCUCCCCACGCAGCCCCAGUGAGGGAUCCCCUAAAAAAAGGGGCUUUCCUCCAAGUACUCCCAAAAGUGAAUCGGACACUCCACGUAAAAGGGGUCGCCCCAAAGGUUCAGGCAACAAAAAUAAAAGCAAAAUUGGAGCGGAGCUUGACAGUGUACUCUCUAACCAUUCACAGAUCGAUACAUCUGCUGUUGGAGUUGAGUGCGAAAGAGAGCCGAUAGAAGAGGAGCAGCAAACAGACAUGGAGCCCAUUGAGCAGGAUACUGAAGAAACGAUUCAGGACGCAAGCCUUGAAGUUAGUAACCAGGCUUGAUGAACGAUCCCGGUCUGACCAAAAAAUUUGCUGUAGUAGUUGGUGUUUUAAACAUUGAAUACAAUCUUGUCAAUGAAAACACAAGUUUUUAAACUUUUUGUCAGUCAGGUAGGCUAGUAAUUCAGCAGCACUUGUUUUCCUGACUAACUUGUUCAUGUUGUUUUCUUGUGCUUGAUUUCUCUUUUUUUUUGUUUUGUUUUGUUGUUUUUCUUGUUUUUAAAACUUCCUUUCUGCCAUCUGAGUAAGUCGUAGUACUAAUAAUAUUUUACUAGAACUGGCAUGUAGAGUUUAUUAUUACAUACUGAUUGGUCCAGUUUUCAUUUAACUUUCAGAUGUAGUGUUUGUCAGUUCAGUUGUAACCGUAAAACGUUUGCUCGAGUAUAUACCUUGGAUGCAAAAAAAAAUAAAUAGUCAAAACAAUUGGCGGAGAGAUGAGAGAAAACCGAACAGUGAUGCUCAAGAAUGCUGAAAACCUGACGUCAACAUCCAGUUAUUCAGUGCAAUAUCCUAUUCAGCUUUUCUCUCAUCAGUUUCUCUCCCGUAUGACAAACUAGAAUAUAAAUACAGGCUGGUACAAGGCUCAGUCACAUUCUAUUAGUAUAAGGAAGGUUUUCACCAACUCAUAUCCAAACACACUCCUCCUAAUGAUACUGCUAUGCUAGCCCAAACCCAAUGUCAAGUCAAGUGUGUUUUUUUUUUUUAUACGAUGUAAACAGUGAGUUAGUCAACCGAAAUCUCAAUUGCGUUAAUGUGUAUCCUUUCAUGUUUAAAAUAAUUAAUUCAAAAUAAUAUAAUGUUUCACAGAAUAAGAAGGGAGAAGGAUUUUCAUAUAUAAGAUUACAACAGAUUGGCUUUUAAAGAAGGGGUAACUAAAUUGCCUCAGGGUCAUCGGAUUGUUUUUUUAAAUCAUCUCAAAUUGGUGAUGACAGUGCAGUAAUUAGCUGCUAAAAGGUCCGAUGUUUCCCUCAAAAGUUGGUAGAGGCCAAAAACAGCUUAAAGAGAAUGACUAUUGGGCUGCAUCCAAAUGUCCAGACUCCCGGACAUUACGGGCACAUUCCUCGCAGAGAGUUGAUAUAGAUGUGACGUAGUAAAAACCGUACUGUCAGAAUGCACUUUGAAAUAUGUAGGACAGAAAUAAUACUCAAAAACGUCACAAUUUAUGUAGACGCACAUGUUUAUAGAGGCCCGUCUAUCAGAGGCUUAUAAAGCCUUGCACUCCGCCUCGGAUUCCGCCUUGGUGGACACAAACAUGAUUCCAGAUACAUGAUAGUGUUUCUCUGUGACUGCUGGAUGUAUGAAUAAGAAAAUGUUUGAGUCCAAGCAAUUUAAAGGUGAAGAAAUGCCGAUGCGCCAAUUCCCCCAAGGGGUCAAAAAAAGUAUUGCACGCACAUAGAAACGAGGAAACCGAGGAUAAUCGAUACUAGACCCACACAAAAUAUAUUUGAGUAUGGCUUUGUGUUAGUAGUUUGUGUUUCUUAAAAUGUCAUUGUACUUCAGAAUGAUUCUUUUUUCUUUGUUCUGGUAAAGAGUCUGACAAAUUAGAGCUUCACUUGCGCUGGUUAUUGAGUGUCUGUGAGGAGAGUCUGAGACAAAAUGUGUCAAAGGGAUGUCAUAAUUUUCUCAACGCCAUUUUUACAGUUUCGUCUUGUCUUCAUAUUUGUUUCGCCUUAAUUGCCAAAGCUUUGAAUGUACUGUCGGUUACUGUCCUGCACUGAUCAGCCUUUGGUGACAUCCAUUCCUCGACAGAACAAAAAGCUCCGUAUUAAACGCCUUCUCAAUGCUCACAGUCGCCCUGAAGAUUUCCUGCUCCACAUGUACCUUUUUUUUUUUUUUUCUUUUUGGAUCAAGCUGUUAUCGAGUCGCAGUAGUUAUUUCCCCUUGUCCCCAAAAUGUUUACGUGUUACUGUGAAGCCUUUGUUUUGUUUUGUUUUAUAACUUGGGACUGUCAUGAGAUUAAAUUCAGUUUUUUGAGUUAAAUUAACUUAAUUGAGUUUUCACAAAUAUCCUUUUACCUGUCUUCAAGCACCUAGUGUUAAAAUUGUGUGACAUAACUUGUACAUCAUUUUAACUAAUACUAACACACCUUUUAUGGUUGGAUCAAACAAUUGAAGUUCCGAAAUGCCAAACUGUGCUUUGUUGUGUCAAGUUGUCAUGAAAUUAAAAAAGAAAAAAAAAAAAAAAAAAAAAAAAAAAAGAGAAUGUGAGAUGAGGACGAAGAUGGAGGUUUAAAGUUUUAAAAAUCACAUUGAAAUUUGAUCUGGCUUUAUGAAGUCACGUUAUUUUAAGUGGACAUAUUUGGAUUUGUGUGUGUUUUAACAAGCAGUCAAUAAUUUGUGAGAUUAUGCUCUUGAAAUAAAAUGUUGAUCUUGCCGUUUUAUUUUCUA